GCCACCACCCCACAUCGCCGCCCCGUUUCAAUCGUCUCCACCAUCCUAAUCGCCGCCCAUUUAUCUGAGCUUCCAAUGUCUUCUUCUAAAGAAAUCGAUGAAACUCAAGAUAGCUCAUCAUCGCCAAAGAGCAUAUACAAGGAUCCAGAUGAUGGUCGACAACGGUUCUUGCUUGAGUUGGAGUUUGUCCAAUGUCUUGCUAAUCCCACAUAUAUCCAUUAUUUGGCUCAGAAUCGCUAUUUUGAAGAUGAAGCUUUUAUUGGCUACUUGAAAUACCUUCAGUACUGGCAACGACCUGAAUAUAUAAAAUUCAUAAUGUAUCCUCAUUGUUUAUAUUUUCUUGAACUGCUUCAAAAUGCAAACUUCCGCAAUGCAAUGGCACAUCCUGGCAACAAGGAGUUGGCACAUAAGCAGCAAUUCUUUUUCUGGAAGAACUACAGAAACAACCGAAUGAAGCACAUUUUGCCGAGACCUCUACCUGAACCAGCUCCUGCACCCCCAGCUUCUUCUGCGCCACUUCCACCUCCUGUGCACUCAGUACCACCCAUUCCUCCUGCCUCAUCGGCAGUUUCUCCUAUCCCAUAUGGCUUGCCCCCUGGGUCUGCUGUACCAAAAACUGACGUGAGGAGUUCUGCAAUUGAUCGCAGAAAAAGGAAAAAGGAAGUUUAACCUGCUAUCAGUUACCUAGCUAGCUAGCAUGAAUGGGGGGAAACAUGCUGAGGUAAUUAUGAAGCUGGAAGAAGUGUCAGUUCUGCUUAAAUUUUGGACCCAUUAAUUCAAAAAUCAUGUUAUAAAUCAAUUAUCUCUAUCCCUAUUUGUUGGCUCUGACAUUUUCUUCUAGUAUUAUGACAGUAAAGCAUUGGCUUGCUC